GUGUCCCCGCCGCGCAGGCGCGCUGCGGCGGCGGCGCGGCCAUGGCGCACGGGCCCGGCCGGUGCCGCUGCUGCGGGGCGGAGGCGGCGGAGCGCGGCGCGGCCUGGGGGCUCUACCUGCGCAUCGACCGGCAGCGCCUGCAGUGCCUCAACGAGCGCCGCGAGGGCUCCGGCGCCACCGUGUUCCGCCCCUGGGAGGAGCGCGGGGACCGCUCGCAGUUCGUGGAAAGCGACGAUGAUGAGGAGCUGCUCUUCAACAUCCCGUUCACGGGCAGCGUGAGGCUGAAAGGAGUGCUGGUGAUGGGCGAGGACGACGGCUCGCACCCGGCUGAGCUGCGGCUGUUCAGGAACAUUCCUCACAUGUCCUUCGACGACGCGGCCAAGGAGGCGGAGCAGAGCUUCAGCCUGAGCCGGGAUCCCCGGGGGGAGCUGGAGUACCCCACCAAAGUCGCGCGCUUCUCCAACCUUCACCACCUCUCCAUGCACUUCCCCAAGAACUUCGGGGCCGACACCACCAAGAUCUGCUACAUCGGCCUGCGGGGGGACUGGGCGGAGGCCCACCGCCACCAGGUCACCGUCUGCACCUACGAGGCCUCGGCGAACCCGGCGGACCACAGGCGGGAGCAGGUCACGCCGCAGACUCACUUCAUCUCCUGACGGGGGCCCGCCGGCACCGGGGCCGCUCCGGGGGCUGCCCCGGGCCGCGCUGCCGGCCGUGCCUGACAAUAAACACGCUGCGGUGCAGA